UGCUGAAAGGCAGGACUCGGGCAGUCCUUGUCAGGCAGCAGUGUUUGGGAGGGAAGGAAAAGGUCCUUUUUUAUCUUGGUUCUCAUGGAAAGUGUCACUGGACGUUUCAUGUCCCUUAUGAGCAAAGACCUGUUGUUUUCCAGAUCACGUCUGAAAGCCCACGGGGUAUUCGGCAGGCCACUUAGUUUAUCUCCCUUGGAUAAACAAAAAAGCUGGUGGAAUUUGAAACUCGUUCCAAGAGUCUAGGGUCCAAAGCCUGCUGAAAUCCGUGCAAGUCCUGCCCCCGGCCUGGCGUUUUGAGCUGGCUUGAAGCAUUUCACAGAGCAGCACGCGGCGGCAGCACGGCUCCCAGUGCUGUGGGGGGGACUGGAGGCCACCUGCGUGCACAAGUCGUGGUGCUAAGUCCAGUCUGAGCGUUGCCUGGUUUAAAAAUACCUCCUCAAGUGGCAGGGAGCACCGAACCACAAACCCCAGUGCCAGCUUCGCCUCGAUGGGGAAGAAAGAAAGGAAAGGAGGGGGGUGGAAAUAAGAGAUGGCGAGCAGCCCAUGGGCCGCGCUGCCCGAGCGAGCAGCGGUGUCAGGAGGCAGCCCCUGGCCCUGAGGCGGGGAAGAGGAGCGUCGCCGCACCGCGCCAUGGCCCCGCGCAGCAGCCCACCUGAUGGCGGCUGGGGCUGGAUGAUCGUUGCCGGCUGCUUCCUGGUCACCAUCUGUACCAGGGCCGUGACGAGGUGCAUCUCAAUUUUUUUUGUGGAGUUCCAGGCAUAUUUUGGGCAGGAUUAUGCCAGAACAGCUUGGAUCCACUCCAUUGUCGACUGUGCCACGAUGCUCUGUGCCCCGCUUGGGAGUUUAAUCAGUAAUCAUGUAUCCUGCCAAGUUGGUAUCAUGCUAGGAGGGCUGCUUGCAUCUACUGGACUAAUUUUGAGCUCCUUCGCCGCCAGCCUGGAACAUCUCUACUUAUCUUUAGGAGUCCUUACAGGACUUGGGUUUGCACUCUGUUAUUCUCCAGCUAUUGCGAUGGUGGGCAAAUAUUUCAACAAGAGGAAAGCGUUGGCUUAUGGAAUAGCCAUGUCUGGAAGCGGAAUUGGUACCUUCAUCCUGGCCCCCGUGGUCCAACUCCUAAUUGAGCAGUUUUCCUGGCGUGGGGCAUUACUCAUCCUGGGAGGUUUUGUCCUAAACCUCUGUGUCUGUGGUGCCUUGAUGCGGCCCAUCGCCCUUAAGGAGGACCGUAAAACUGCUCCAGGGCUUCUUGAACAGGAGUAUGUCCCUGAAGCACAGAAACAAGACUUAAAGCGAAUGUCCAUCUGUUCACCUUUAAUCAAAGCAUGGUCACAUGAGUGUUUAUGCUACUGUUCAUGGAAGGAAUAUGACUUUUUGCUGAUGCCAGGCUUCAUGGUGCUGGCAGUGUCAGUUUUAUUUAUGGCGUAUGGCUGCAGCCCUCUCUUUGUCUACUUAGUGCCUUAUGCCUUGAGCGUUGGAGUGAGCCAUCACCAGGCUGCCUUCCUCAUGUCCAUACUUGGUGUCAUUGACAUCAUUGGUAACAUCACCUUUGGAUGGCUAACAGACAGAAGGUGUCUGAAGAAGUACCGGCACUUUUGCUACCUCUUUGCUGUGGGAAUGGAUGGCCUCUGCUGCCUUUUCUUGCCAGUUCUCCAGACCUUCCCCUUGCUUGUGCCUUUCUCAUUUACCUUUGGCUACUUUGAUGGAGCCUAUGUAACGCUGAUCCCUGUUGUGACGGCAGAUGUAGUGGGAACUUCUUCCUUAUCAUCAGCACUGGGUGUUGUGUAUUUUCUGCAUGCCAUACCAUAUCUAGUGAGCCCGCCUGUUGCAGGUUGGCUUGUGGAUACAACGGGCAGUUACACCGCGUCAUUCCUCCUGUGUGGAUUUUCUAUGAUAUUUAGUUCAACGUUACUGUGUUUUGCAAGACUGGCAAAGAAAAUCAAAAGAACGCAUUUAAGGUCACUCACCAAUGACACCCACAGCAAACAUCACAUCUGGACAAACGGAGCAAUAGCUUACUCUGUCACCGGAGAAUUAGACCAAAAGGAUGCUGAAUUUUUGGCUGUGGAUACAAGCAGCUAUAGCAACAGAUGACAAGCACUGUCAAGAUUCAGCGCUGUGCAGCCGUGACUGAGACAGAGGGGGCUGCAUUGUGUUGCACUGUUGAAGAUGCUACUUCUGUGAAACAAGGCAUCUCCCUUAGGUUUUUAUGUCAGGUUUUGGUAGGCUGAAAUCUACACACCAAAUAGAAAGUCAAUGCAGUAAUAGAACAAAGCUAGACUGAAAGUAAAGAGAGUUGGUAGAUACAAGUGUCGACAGAUUUAUUUCUAAGGAAAUAUGUUGACUCCAAAGGUAAUCUAAAAAAGGUAAUUGGUUAUAAUAAAAAGAAAAAUACAAAGUAAUCAGUCACCAAAGCUGAACAACAAUGUUUAAAUUAUUUCAAAAAUAGUAUUAAUGACUUUUUUUGGUGUUCCAGUGAAUUGUUUCAAUGGAGUAACACAUGCCACUGAGAAACUUCUCCAUUUAUCAGUCUUCAUUAAACUCUUUGUCAAUAACUCUUUCAAAUGCCAAAGCUAUUUGUAAUAAAAUCUGUCAGGAAGCUGUGAUUAAUGCUGAAAGUAUCUCUGAAGCAGCUUUAAUUUUUACAGUGUGCCUGAAUCUUGUACAUACAUUGCAACUUCAUUUCAGAUGCGGUUUUAGAGCUACUUUCCUUGUCCCCCUACAGCAAAAUUUUGAGGUGGCUGCUGUUUUUUUUUUUUUUUUUUUUUUUUUUUUUCUUUCUCCUGGAAACCUCUAAAGGAUGAAUUUCUAAACAUUGACAUUCCAGGUAUGAUCUUCCAGCUGAUCUUUUUUGGGUGGGUGGAAGAGUUGCUGUGGCUGCUCAGGAGAGCAGGAGACUGUACCAGGAGACUAGGUGUGCUCGCAGACAAACCUGCUCUAGCUUCAGUAGUUGGAAGAAGUCCAAAGGCAGCCCCAGAGACUGGGAGGAGAGGCUCAUGUUUUUUUCCAAAUGCAGAGUCUCUUCCUCCUGUAAAAUCACUAGUUGUUGAAAAAAAAUAAUUUUUGCAAGCAGAUGACUGAGAAACUCCCACCCCAGAUGCUAUUACUAAAGAAGAUCUUGGCUGACAAGUUGCUCCUCCUGCAUAUUGCAAUGGCAAGCCUGUCCCUUUUUGGAUCCAGGAGACAUAUCUUCAGGUGGUGCAAAUUACUCAUUUAUACCAACUGGAGAGCUGAUCAGGUCACUUGUCAUGGCUGGCCAGACAGCAACAGCUGUGAUUUGCUGAUGAUUUCCUGCUACUUGUGCUAGGAUGUACUACAGCUGGCUGAUUCGUGGGACCUAGAGACUGAAUGUGGCCCAUGGGGGUAAAUUACUGAUGUGAUGGUUUAUUGAAUAAUGGGAUGCUUCUACAUUUCCAAAGUGGAACUGUUAGAGAUGGAGGAACUUCACAUUCUGAAGUGCAAAUCUUUUCUGUUUGAUGCUGUAUAAAACUGUAUUCUGUUCACUAGCAAAUUGAUCAGAGUCCAGAGUUUUAUUGAUGCUAUGCUAGUAAUUCUGUUAAUCACUUGCAGUAUAUUUGGUGUUUGCUAUUGGCAUCCUGUUCCAUUCUGUGCCUCAGAAGGGAAAGCAACAUAGGCUGCUGUUCACAAAUUUGAUUUAGAUCAGGAGUACACCCAUGGGGUUAUAAUGUAUUUUUUUUAUAUAUAUGAAUAGUAUGUGUAUCAUUUUCUUCUAUUUCUCAUGCAUAUUUCAAAUAUAAAUAUUUCAAAUAUAGCAUAUUAAAAUUGUUUGACUUCA